UCCCCAGCCUACCUACAUCUUCCCAACUCCUCCUUUUUACCAUGAUGAAACAGCCGCUAGAAUUAUCUGAAAGUUCUUCACAAAGUUUUCCUUCUUUAUCCAUUGAAAAUAACUUAAAAGAUCAUAGCAAUAAAUCUGGAGGGGUAAGACCAUAUGUUAGAUCCAAAAUGCCGAGACUUCGGUGGACACGAGAUCUUCAUCGCAGCUUUGUGCAUGCUGUUGAGAGACUUGGUGGAGAAGAUCGAGCAACUCCAAAGAUGGUGCUACAAUUAAUGGAUGUGAAAGGCCUGACCAUAUCUCACGUAAAGAGUCACCUUCAGAUGUACAGAAGCAUGAAGCAUGAACAGAUGAUACAAGCUGAAGCAGAAGCCGCAAAUGGGAGUAAAAGGAAUAGAAUGGAUGGUCCAGAGCAAAUGAAUUAUCAUCACUACUAUUAUGACAAAGCCUUGUUUGAUGCCCAUUCGUCGAGUACAGUAACAUGCAGUAACUAUGCGGACUUUGCCUCUGCGCCUACUAUUUUGCCUCCUCCUUGGAAACAUAUGCAAGAGACCAUGGAAAAUAAGAUGAUGGAAUUGGAAGGAAAGUCUAAUAAUUGCACCAUGUUCAGGGAUUUCUUCAAUGGCUGCAGUGUUCAAGAUACUGGCAACGGGAAUAAAGUGGUAGGAGAAGCUAGCAGUUUGUCAAAUAAGAGUCCAUCUGCAGAAGAGGAAGAUUUCUCCAGUAGCACCAUGUCUUUAGAGCCAUCUACCAGUUUUGAUGUCAAUAAUCUCUCUCUUGACCUCACCCUUGCUUAGAAUCUUUUGGUCUGUUCUAAUCCCUGAAGAGAAAGGGAGAGAGAAAAAAAACUCUUUUAAUCCUUAUUUGACUCUCUUUGAUCACUUUUUUUGUGGACUAAUCCAAGGAAGUAAUUAACCUUUUUGUUUUGUAAGUGGAA